GGCUUGUUCCAACCUCACUUCCACACCACUUCUUAGCACCCAUGUCCGCGCCUGCCUCGCCCGCCUCCUCCGCUCGCGCGCGGCCGCGGCCGGUGGGAUCACCACCGGGCGGACGCAAGAAGGACACCCCGGCACGCUACCAAUGGCUCUUCGAGCGGGAACGUCUCCGCGACGGCUCGGGUGGAUCUCUAAGUCGGGGCUUGGGUGCCAGUGCAGGGCAGUGUGGUCGCCCAGGUCUGACCAGCCCCACGAGUCCUCCGACCCUCAGUUCCAGCCCUCCCAGUCCACACUUCCCGCCGCAGCCGCGGUACAUGGAGAGAGCCAACUCCACGUCCAUACUGAGCUUGGGGCACUCGAGUCCAACGGGUGUUGGGUCUGUGCUCUUCUCACCUCUCUCUGAUGCUGCUUCCUUCUUGGCCAAAUCGGCUCAGCUGAGUAUGGCAAAACAAGACCUUCGCGACGUCGUCUUUUGCUGCAACCAGGCAGUGGCUUUGGGGCCAGACUGCAGCCUGGCGUGGAAGCAGCGGGGCCUCGCGCGAUUGCAGCUGGGGGAUGUCAGAGGAGCUCUGGAGGACAUGGACAUGGCCGUGCAAAGCAAUCCUACAGAUGCGCGGCUCUUGGAAGGGAGAGCUGCUGCCCGCUAUGGACUCCGUGACUUCGAGGGUGCGGUGGAUGAUGUGACCUCAGCCUUAGAGGUCGAAAGCCUUCGCCCGGAGAUGUGGCAAAGACGAGGCUUGGCCUCCGUGAUGUUGGAGGACUAUGCAUCCGCCGCGGCUGACUAUGACAAGGCAGUGAACUUGGAUCCUCACGAUGAAGCCACAUGGAGAUACCGAAGCGUUGCAAGGUUGCAGUUGGAUGAUCACCGAGCUGAAGACGAUGCCUCCCAGGCUGUGAAGCUUCAUCCCAAUGCGGAGAAUUAUGUGCAGCGUGCCAGAGUGAGGCUGGAGAGGCGCAAGUACGAAGGAGCCAUUCGUGAUUGCACCGAAGCCCUUCGGAUGGUGCGCGAUAAGGCAGAGAUUUGGUUCUUGCGCGCUCUGGCGAAGAAUAAGCUCUCGGACUACAUGGGAGCUAUGACCGACUUGGCGCAAGGGAUUCGCUGCGACCCGCACACCUAUCAGGCUCUGGAGACCCGAGCGCAGAUACAGCUCCGCCAAGGUCGCUAUGAGGAAGUGAUUGAAGAGUGCAGUGAGGUCAUUCCUAUCAUGCCGGAGCCUGCCGAACUCCUGUGCUGUCGUGGUCAAGCUUACUUUCGCAAAGGCCACUUUCGAAGCGCGCUGGAGGACUUUCAGAGUUCGCUGCAACACGAACCCAACAGCGUCACACCGGGCCGGACGGAACGACCGGAUCCACACGGCUCGACCGGAGCUGCGCAGCACCGAGACGUCGGUUGCGCAGCUGAAGCAUGCACCCAGAGUCAUGGUCCCGGUUUGUUCGAAUGAAAGAGACAUUUGAUUGGCUGUUUGAAUGUGCUAGCCUAGGCAAAGUGGCCCAGAGAAUGCUUGACAAGACUGAACAGUCUUUGAAGCAAUUGGAUAGUUGGAAGCUGCGACUGGGCCGCUCAGCCUCCUUUGGUGAGGUCGUGAAUCGUGCAGAGCUUGUAAACCAAUAGAUUCAACAUCUG